AUGGUGCUCCAUCAGUACGACUAUGUGUUCGCCAUCGGCACUCUGUUUGCCAUGCUGGAUGCCUACAACAACGGUGCAAACGAUGUUGCCAACUCCUGGGCCACUAGUGUUUCCUCCCGAUCCGUCACCUACAGACAGGCCAUGGUCCUUGGAACGGUGUUUGAGAUGGUUGGAGCCAUCGCUGUCGGUGCUCGAACUGCCGAUACCAUCAAGAACGGUAUCAUCCCGAACUCGGCUUUCCGGGGAGAUGCCGGCGUCCAGAUGCUGGCGUUUACCUGUGCUCUCGUUGCCGCCUCGUCUUGGGUGAUGUGGUGUACCCGAAACUCCGCUCACGUCUCUUCCACAUACUCCCUCAUCUCGGCCGUUGCUGGUGUUGGUGUUGCCACGGUUGGUGCCUCGCAGGUGCAAUGGGGAUGGAACGAUGGUAAGGGUCUCGGAGCCAUCUUCGCCGGACUGGGCAUGGCACCGGUCAUCUCCGGAGCAUUCGGCGCUAUCAUCUUCAUGCUCAUCAAGGUCACCGUCCACAUGCGGAAGAACCCGAUCCCGUGGGCUGUCUAUACCUCACCUUUCUUCUUCCUGGUCGCCGCUACCAUCUGCACCCUGUCCAUUGUCUACAAGGGUUCUCCCAGCCUAGGUCUGAGCAAGAAGCCUGGCUGGUACAUUGCCGCUGUCACCAUGGGUUGUGGAGGCGGUGUUGCUGUCCUGUCGGCCAUCUUCUUUGUUCCAUUCUUGCAUGCCCGAAUCAUCAAGAGAGAUCAAUCUAUCAAGUGGUGGAUGUUCGCUGAGGGUCCCCUCCUUUUGCAACGUCCCCCCGUUGAACAAGCCGACGUGGCUAAGGUUCCCGACUACGCCGUUGUCCAUGACGAUGAUUACCCUCCUUCGAACGGAUCUUCCAACAUCGACAAGACCGCAUCCCCCGUCGCCUCGACGGUCGCCUCGCCCGCCAUCACCGCCACCGACGCAGACAACGAGAAGGGUCUCGUCGCCGCCGAGGCCAAGCAGCUCAGCUACAAGGAACUGCAGGCCCAGAGCCAGGACCGAUUGAACCAGAGACUCCUGCAGAGCCGAGGCCCCAUUGGCUGGGCCAUGCGCACCCUCCGCGACAACCCCAUGGGCCCCGGCGAGCUCUACGAGUGGCGCAACAUGGUCAUUCUCGCCAAACGCAUUCCCGCCCUGAUCACCGCCGGUCUCCUGUACGGUAUGCACUACGACAUCCACAACGCGCAGUCCGGUAUCGCCGGUACCCCCGAAGGUGCGCGCAUGAAGCGCGUGUACGCCCACGCCGAGAAAUACCCCAACGAAGUCGAACACACCUACUCCUUCAUCCAGGUCCUGACAGCCUGCACCGCCUCAUUCGCCCACGGCGCCAACGACAUCGGUAACUCCGUCGGGCCCUGGGCCGUGAUCUACUCCGCCUGGAAGACCGGCGACGCCGCCGCCGCCAAGGCCCCCGUGCCUGUCUGGCAGCUCGCUGUCCUGGCCGCUAUGAUCUCCAUCGGUCUGAUCACCUACGGCUACAACAUCAUGAAGGUUAUGGGUAACAAGAUCACCUACCACUCGCCCAGCCGCGGUAGUUCCAUGGAAAUGGGCGCCGCUAUCACCGUCCUGGUCUUCUCGCAGUACUCCCUUCCCGUGUCCACUUCUAUGUGUAUCACCGGCGCCACUGUCGGCGUGGGUCUCUGCAACGGAACCAUCAAGGCUGUCAACUUCCAGCGAGUCGGGCUGCUGCUGCUUUCGUGGAUCAUGACGAUCCCUAUUGCCGGUACUCUGGGUGGCAUCUUGAUGGGGCUGUUCAUCAAUGCUCCUCACUUUACUUCUUAG